AGACGCUUCGGCCCAAGGCGUGCGUGGCACACCCGCCCGUUCCUGGGCGGCGGGCGCCGAUGUGCGUGCAGGAGACGGCGGUGCCGCUGCGACGGCAGGUCCUCAAAGUCUUCAAGGCCCUCUGCCACGCCGCGCGGGACCUCCCGGACGUCCCGCUCGGCCGCCGAGAGGUAUGGCGCAUCAAGGCGUGGCUGCGCAGGGAUCGCGCCGACUGGACGCCCAGGACCGUGGCGCACCUCCGCUGGCACCAGAGGGAGAUGGAGGCGACGAUCAAGCUCGCCAAGUACCGUGCGAUGAAGAGGCGCUACUACGACCUCCACUGCGAGAGCCCCAGCGGGUGAGGCCCCUGCUGUCGCACAGAUCUGAUGGGUUGUUGCCCCCCCCGAGGUGGGAAUUCAUACAUGCUGUGGAUCUUGAUACAUCCCCGCCUCGCACCCCCCCGCCAGCCUUGGCGCGGCCGGGACGUGGGGCCCCUGCGCGGGGCCCGCGCCGCGAGCUCGUCCUGCGGGCGCCCCUCCAGGCCCUCCUCCUCCUCCUCCUAUCUCGACCUUCCCCGAGGCCGCUAGCUCCAUACCCUCAGCGUCUCUUGGAAGGCUCCCUGGGGCUGAGAGACGGCCUCCAGAAGCGGAGCACAUCUCUGAGGACCAGCAGCCACACCUCGCCUCAAGCCCACCCAGAAGGGGCUGGAGCACGGCAGGUCCGUGUCGUGUCCACGCGGCGGCGACCCUGCCGCGGGCGUUCCCACGGCUGCACCGCGGGCGUCCUGGAGCCCAGGCCCGAGCUGUGGGGCGCGGCAGGAAAGACCAGAGCUCGGCGGGCUAACUCUGGCCGCGG